AUGAAAAACUGCGUCGAACUUCUAGCUCUUUUCAUCUGUCUGAUUUCCGACGUCGAAGCCUUCAAGGUUUCCUUUUACAAGAACACCAAUUGCGCUGGCGAGUUCCUCGGGACAUGGGUCGGAGGAGAAGGCCAGGGUUGCCGGCAGGAAUACGCCGGUCUAGCUGAGGGAGUCGUUGUCGAAUCUACUGGAUCAGUCGAUGAUUCUACGACCGUGCAAUUCUAUAACUCGGAAAACUGUAUACCAGGAACUGAAGUCAGCCAGGCCAAUGUAGGAUGUCUCACCGUUGACCAAGCCGUCAUCGGGGCAUACAAGUCAUUCCAGGUCAUCCCAAGCAAUCCAUCAGCCUCGAACUCAGCGUCCAAGCGUCGUUCUCCUAUCGAUCGUCGGUAUCCUUUCUCGCUGGCCUCUACCGCCCCGAGGGUCCCUCCAACCCCAACGAUUUACCACGGAAUGGAUCUUUCAUUUGAUGGCGUCAGUUACAAAUUGCAUCAGAUAUAUGCGAAUGCCUACGUAGGCAUACUCCCUGAUGAGUGGGAUGAUACGGUCCAUAUCAUGAACGACAAUGAGCUGGUCCUUCAAGACUUUAUCAGAAAUAUCACAGAACGAGAAAUUGACCAACGAGACUUGGUUUCGUCUUUGUGCGAUAUAUUUACCGCAUGCAUCUCGGCUGCGGAACAAGACGCAGUGAAAAUAAGGGACGCGCUUACCCCGUAUGCCAACGUGGUAAAGACAGCAGCGCAAGCCGGUGGGCAGAAAGUCUUCGACUUCUUAAAAGCCCCAUUCUUCCAUCAAGUCGCGGUUGAUACCGUGGCUGGACUGGCUCCGGCUGUCGUCGGAGGCGUUGUUCAAGCUGUGGUAGGAGCCCAGGUGGCCGGCAACACAAACAAUGCUGCAUCUUGUUCUCAAGAGAAAGAUCAAAUUGACGCCCUCAUAUCGAUAGUGCAGUCUCAAAUAUCGGCUCUGGACGCGGCUUCAGCAAAGAUAACAGCUCAGCAGAAUGAUGCUGGUGACGAGGUUUUCACCGUGACUGUGACGGUUGUGGCCUGCGGUACAAGCCUCGUUGGCGCCAAUUGCGGCGUCCCUGCAAGUUUCUGCCCAUCUUAG